ACACGUCUGACAAACAGCAUAGCACAGUUUUGCUGUAUCGACUGCUUUCAGCGAGAGUACAACCAGUAAUAAUCUUAGUAAACAGAUCGAAAAAUAAUAUAUAUAUACAAACAGAUCAACUUGGAAACAAGAACAAAUAAGCGACAUGUUUAUAUAAACUCUUCACACUGUUUAGUAUCCUUUGACUUAUCCACCAAUGAAAUGGAACCCACGUAUUACGAAAAAUAUAAUUACAAAACUGAAUGUUUAUUUAUUUUAUUUAUAUCAAAUCAUGUAUUAAAUCAUAUAUACCAAAAUAAUAUAAAGACAUAUUUAAAACAUAUAUAUUAUUUAGAUAACUUAAUAGCGUUACUGUUUUAUAAAAAUUAUUUUUUAUAUAAGUAAUUAAUGAUCAAUUUUUUGCAGAGUGUGUGUAUGUGUGUGUGUGUGUGUACGUGAUGUAUGUGUGUAUGUAUACCGCUACGCCAUCGUAUGAUGCGAAGCAUGCGUCAAAUGCUUGGUAAAAAAACGCGGGUUUUUGAUACGUAUUAUUAUAAACAUAUUAUAUUAUUUUGUUAUAUUUUAUCAAUUUUAUUUUUGUUUAAAUAAUUAUUCUAUGCAAAAGUGUGAAAUGAUUUCCAAUUGUCAAUCAUUCACCGAUCUAAAUCUUAAUUCGUGGAUCAUUAGUCAAUGCAAUUCUAUGGGAUUAAAGAAACCAACGCCAAUUCAGCAACAAUGUAUUCCGCGUAUACUUGCUGGCGAUAAUUGUAUAGGAUGUGCUAAGACAGGAAGUGGUAAAACACUUGCUUUUGCACUUCCUAUAUUACAAAAAUUAUGUGAAGAUCCUUAUGGCAUUUUUGCUCUCAUAUUAACACCUACAAGAGAACUUGCAUUUCAAAUAGCUGAUCAGUUUGCUGCUAUUGGAAAAUCAAUCAAUUUGAAAAAAUGUGUAAUUGUCGGAGGAAUGGAUAUGAUGGUACAAGGUUUAGAAUUAGCAAAAAAGCCACAUGUAGUAGUAGCAACUCCUGGACGAUUAGCGGAUCAUAUAGAAAGUUGUAAUACAUUUUCCUUGGAAAAAAUUAAGUUCUUAGUAUUGGAUGAAGCUGACAGGUUACUAGGUGGAUCUUUUGAUGAACAACUAAAAAUUAUACUUCCAACUUUAUCUAAACAAAAACAAGUUUUGUUAUUUAGUGCUACAAUAACGGAUGCUCUUGAUAAAGCAAAACAUCUUGCCCCUGGGAAAGUAUUCAUGUGGGAAGCAAAAGAUGAAUCUGGUAUUGCUACAGUGAAAGAACUUGAUCAACGUUAUGUUUUAUGCCCCAAAGAUGCUAUUGAUUCUUUUCUUGUAGAAGUUGUAAGAACAUUUCGCAUAACAAAUGAGACUGGAUCCAUUAUGAUAUUUACAGAUACUUGCAAGAAUUGUCAAUUGUUAUCUAUGACAUUGAAUGAAGUAGGAUUUAUAAAUGUUGCACUCCAUGCAAUGAUAAAACAGAAAGAACGUUUAGCAGCUCUUAAUAAAUUUAAGUCAAAUCAUAUAAAAAUUUUGAUAGCAACUGAUGUCGCGGCAAGAGGUUUAGAUAUAACUGGCGUAGAAUUAGUAAUUAAUCAUACGAUACCAAACGUACCAAAAGAGUAUAUUCAUAGAGUUGGUAGAACAGCAAGAGCAGGUAAAGGUGGUAUGGCAAUCAGUUUGAUAACACCAUAUGAUAUAAAAUUAUUACAUGCGAUUGAGGAUAUUAUUGGAACAAAAUUAAUUGAAUACAAGAUAGAUGACGAAGAAGUUGUCACAAUCUUAACCCAGGUAUCCGUGGCAAAAAGAGAAGCAGAAAUAAAAUUAGAUGAAGCUGACUUUUAUGAGAAGAAAAUAAUUAAUAAGAGAAAAAAGUUACUCUUGGAAGGGAAAGACCCGGACGAAAUUGAUUUAAUUUUACAAGAACAUAAAAAACGUCGAAAACUCCAAAAAAAAAAAAAAGAAAUAUCGCAUAAUGAAAACAGAUAAUACAGAUUGAAUUAUACAUUUCUAAUAAUGUAAAUAAAUGUAUCUUUAUGAAGUA